UAUUGAUUGAGGAAAUGGCACAUGGACAAAAAGAGAAUAUAGCACUAUGGGGCAAAACUAAUCAGUCAUCAGUUUACAAAACAUCUAAUCCUGAUUGGGCUCUUGAUGGAUUGUUGAACACCUAUACCCACACUAACCCUGAAACCAACCCAUGGUGGAGAGUGGAUCUACUGAAGGUAUACAGAGUGAACAGAGUGACCAUCAUUAACAGACCGGACCUUGGUCAUAGGAUUAACGGAGCGGUGAUUCGUAUCGGGAACUUUCUUGACAUUUACAGCAACACCAUAUGUGGUGUGAUUUCUACUCUUGCAUCUGGUGCCACGGCCACUUUCUCAUGCGGUGGGAUGGUGGGACGUUAUAUGGUUGUUAAUAUUCCUGGAGAUCAGAGGAUUCUUAGUAUUGCUGAAGCUGGAGUCUACGGGUAUUUGGCAGGUAAUUUGUUUUUGUAGAGCACUUUAUUGAAUGUAAUAAAUACUUUUUUAGAAACUUACUUUAAACUCAUAGUUCACCAGAAAUCACGCUCAUGUCUUUCCAAACCAGUAUGACAGUAUUCAUGCUUUACUGACGUCUUAUGUACAGAUGAUUCUGAUAAACGUGGGGCUUGAGCAUAUAACAGAGAUGCAAACUCAUCAUGGGUGAAAAAGGUGACAAAGACACCUUAAAAUGAACUCAUCUUUAAGUUGCUUUGUUUUAUCUUUAAUUGUAGAAGCUACUAUUCAGCCAACACAGACUUGUUGCUGCUGUAGUUUUGUUACUCUGAAUUUACUCAGCAUCAUUU